AUGAGUUCUGGAUCCGACCUCAUAGUUAUUCGCCUUCCGGACACUCUGGUCUAUUGGCCAUGGUCUCGCAGAAUCAAUUCUCAUUAUGAGGAAGUGAAGAGGGAAUCAGGUACUUGGUUCUGUUCCUUCAGAGCGUUUGGACCGGAAGUGAAGAGUGCAUUUGAUCGUUGUGACUUCAAACAUCUUCGCACCGUAUGCGACAUGAUGAAUUUGUUUUUCGUUUUCGACGAGUACACCGACAACGCUACUCCUGAAGUUGUCCGCCAAUACGCAGACAUCGUAAUGCACGCAAUCAGGAACCCGACUAAACCUCGACCCAAGGAUGAGGUAAUUCUUGGGGUCGUUGCACAGGAGUUUUGGGCGCUUGGCAUCAAGUCGGCAAGCCGGACCUCCCGGGAACGUUUCGUCGAAAGCUUUGGACAUUAUACAGAUUCUGUCGUCCAACAAGCAAAGGAUCGCCAUCAUCGCUAUAUUCGGAAUAUUGAAGAUUAUUUCGACGUCCGUCGUCUUACCAUCGGCGCUUACCCACCAUAUGCAAUGCUAGAGCUAGGGUAUGGCUUGCCUGACGAGGUGUUCUACCACCCAACCGUCGUUUCUCUGCGAAAUUUGAGCUGUGACCUGCUAAUCAUGGAUAAUGACCUUGCUUCGUACAAUAAGGAGCAAGCGCUUGAAGAGCAUCCUCAUAACAUCAUCGCUUCUGUCAUGAACGAGCUGAGCUGUGAUCUCGGCCAGGCUUUAUCGUGGGUAGAAGAACACUAUCGCUCGAUCAGAGCCCAAUUUUUGACGCUGUGGACGAAGAUACCGUCCUGGGGACCUGAAAUCGAUGAUCUUGCAUCCCGCUAUCUACACGGCAUUGGGAAUUGGGUCCGGGCAGAUUAUUGCUGGUGUUUUGAGAGCGAGAGGUACUUUGGAUCAAAUGGUAGAGCCGUUCAAAAGCACAGGUUGGUUACUCUGAUGCCCAAGCAACUUUCGGCGAGCGAACCGCUUCUCAUACACGCAUACCAUUCUGCUUAG